CCCUCCAGAACCCCAUCCGAUGGGGUGGGGACUAAAGUCCACAUAUUUGAUAUUUUAUAUGGAUCUUAUUUUAGUUGUUAGCAACUUGUACAAUUUUUCUACACCUAGUUUUAUGCAUGAAAGAUGAAGCAUUAACAAUAUUUGCAUGUCAUAUUGAUUUGGAGCACUUGGUAUCAGGAUAUGGCUGGUGCCUGAAACAAUGGUUAUUGCAAGGACAACUGCUGUCAAAGCUGAAAGAAGACACUUAGUUUCUGAGGCUUAUAAUCCCAAACUUCUUGUAAGCAAUGAAGUUUUAAAGGCUCAUCAUCCCAAACGAACACAAGAUGAAUUAGCAGCUGUAAAAACAAGGAAUAUAUCUCUACCGAGGGCCUCUCCCAAGUCAAUAAACCAAAAGGUUGCAAAGUCUAACAAAAAAUACUUCAUGGUUAUGGGAAUUAAUACAGCUUUUAGUAGCCAAAAGCGAAGAGAUUCCCUACGGGAGACGUGGAUGCCCCAAGGUGAGAAAAGAAGGAAGCUAGAGGAAGAAAAGGGCAUUGUCAUACGCUUUGUUAUUGGUCACAGUUCAACAUCCGAUGGUAUUCUUGACAAAGCUAUUAAAGCAGAGGACAGAAAGCACAAGGACUUCUUGCGGCUGGUGAUGUUGCGUUCUUUUUUCUUUACUUCCUCUAUUGCCAUUGCCAAUAACUGUUUUGAGUAGCAUGAAUGUUAAAGACUAAAUAAAAGCGUGUUUGUUAGGCACGCACUUGACUUUGUUUAUGUUCUUUGGGCAGACACAUGUAGAGGGCUACAAUGAAUUGUCAGCGAAAACAAAGAUAUAUUUUGCUACCGCUGUUGCUUUGUGGGAUGCAGAUUUCUAUCUCAAAAUUGAUGACGACGUUCAUGUAAACAUAGGUAUAGAAAAGUUUGGGCUUUGGUGGUAAUGUGGUGGUGAAAGUGGUUUAGUUAUUCAACAACAGCUAUGGGUUCUUCUUAUUUUGAGGGUUAGAAAUUUUUUGGAGAGAUGCAAAAUAUGGUCAAAGAAUUCAAUGACUUAAUUUUUCAAGUUUUUUUUAUUUUUAUU